UUUCCUACUCUUUGCUUAACCUUCAGCAGCUGGUCAUCAGCCUUUGGCCUUAGCAUCCUACUCCCCUCCCACCAUCCCCUGCUGCUGUCUCAGCUCUGUUUGAGCACAGAAAUCCAGUGGGGAAACUGCUUUGGGCUCAAGCAAGACUGUUCUCUCAAAAAAUUGAAUUUACCUCCUAAAAGCAGAAGGCUGGAGGUACAGGGGCAGGACAAUGCAUCUCCUUGUGCUGUGUCUGCUCAGUGUCUGGGGGCUGGCUGCCCCUGAGCACUAUGCUGUGGAAGACAUCUGCACCGCAAAGCCCCGCCACAUCCCAGUGAACCCCAUCUGCAUCUAUCGCAACCCUGAGAAGAAGCCCCAGGAGGGUGAGGGGCAAGAGCCAGCAAAGGACAAGCUCCCAGAGUCCACCAACCCCCGGGUCUGGGAGCUGUCAAAAGCCAACUCUCGGUUUGCUGUUGUCUUCUACAAGUACCUGGCUGACUCCAAAGACAAUGGGCAAAACAUCUUCAUGUCACCCCUCAGCAUUUCCACAGCCUUCGCCAUGACCAAGCUUGGAGCCUGUGGCAGCACCCUCCAGCAGCUCAUGGAGGUCUUCAGAUUUGACACCAUUUCAGAGAAGACAUCAGAUCAGAUCCAUUUCUUCUUUGCCAAGCUGAACUGCCGCCUUUACAAGAAAGCAAACAAAUCCUCAGAGCUGGUGUCAGCCAACCGUCUCUUCGGGGAGAAAUCUUUGGUCUUUAAUGAGACUUACCAGAACAUCAGUGAAAUCGUUUAUGGAGCAAAACUCUGGCCCUUGAACUUCAAAGAGAAGCCAGAACUUUCCAGGCAGAUCAUUAACGAGUGGGUGGCUAAUAAGACAGAGAAGCGCAUUACAGAAGUGAUCCCAGAAGGUGGUAUUGAUGAUCUCACUGUCUUGGUCCUGGUCAACACUAUUUAUUUUAAGGGGCACUGGAAAUCGCAGUUCCCAGCUCCAAACACAAAACUGGAUAUAUUUCAUAAAGCCAAUGGUGAGACCUGCCAAGUCCCAACUAUGUACCAGGAGUCGAAAUUCCGCUACGCAUUCCUCCCCCAGGACAAAGUCCAGGUGCUGGAGCUGCCUUACAAAGGGGAUGAUAUCACGAUGCUGCUGGUCCUGCCCAGUGCUGGGACACCACUGGAGGAGGUGGAGCGAGAGCUGACAUCAGAGAAGCUGCAGGGCUGGAUAGAUUCCAUGAAGGAGAUGUCUCUCUUCGUCUAUCUCCCUCGUUUCCGCGUUGAGGACAACUUCAGUGUCAAGGAAAAGCUGAGGAAAAUGGGGCUGGAAGAUCUCUUCAGUCCAGAAAAUGCCAGACUCCCAGGUAUCAUUGCAGAGGGCCGCACAGACCUGUACGUGUCUGAGGCUUUCCACAAAGCCUUCCUUGAGGUGAAUGAAGAAGGCAGUGAGGCCUCAGCUGCUACAGCUGUUACCAUCUCUGGCCGUUCCUUCCCUAUCAACAGAAAAAUCUUCAAUGCCAACAGGCCCUUCCUGCUUUUUAUCCGGGAAGCUGCCCUCAACACCAUCAUCUUCAUGGGCAGGAUAGCUGAUCCUUGCUCCUAAAGGGGCUGCUAGGGCCUCACUUCUCCCUCCUCUGCCUCGGGAAAAGGAGAGGGUGGGGUAUUGCCACAAAGCAUGGGCUGCUCCUGGGCUGGUUGGUCUUGCUCUUUGGUGCAUGGAGGGACUGCAUCCAGCUGGGCUGUCCUUGCUCCUCCCUGCCAUGUCAGGUGAUUGGGCUCAUAGGUCACCUCACCUGUCCUGUCCUUUGUGGCAAGGAAAGCUGAAUUUCAUCUGGCACCAGUGUUUUUGUGGCACCCAAGUCCAGCAUUGCUGUCCUUCCUGUGCCCAACCCUCUGUAACUCUGAUCACUUGGUUCAUUAAAACCUAUAGAUCUGUAUGUAA